CUUGUUCAAUCAUGCACGCAGAGUGGUGAUCUUUUUGAAGUUUGUUCCUUGUAACGGAGGGCAACAAAUUAAUCUCCUCUGUUUUUCAAAUUUCUCGUUAUUUAUACCCAAGUUCUUUGAUAAUUACGUUUGAGGCCUUAAAAUUAUUUUAAUUUAACAUUUUAGCCCAAGCGAGGAAAAGGUAAAAAAAAGUCAACGGUGCAGGUGGAGGUGGCGGUGGAGGUGCAGCAGCGACAUACACUAGACCAUGUUUUUGUGGAAUUGAAAAAGACUAGCUUUCACUCUCCUCUCUGUUGUCCGAAAAAGAAGAAAAGAAGCUUUCACUCUCCUCGCUAAAUCCGACGACAUACACGACUCUGUGGUAAACGAAAUAAAACAAAUAAUGGUGUGUUUCGAUUUCAAUGGGAUUGAGACGAAGAAGACUCUCAUUGGACUUGGAUUGGGACAGAUCGUCUCGCUUGUCUCUACUUCUGUCAGCUUUACUACGUCUGAGUUCGCCAGAAAAGGGAUUAAUGUUCCAACAUCACAGGCUUUUCUGGGUUAUGUCUUACUGGCAAUCGUCUAUGGAGGUACCAUGCUCUAUCGGGGAUCCACAAUUCAAGCCAAAUGGUAUUAUUAUCUCCUCCUUGCUUUAGUUGAUGUGGAGGGCAACUUCCUCGUGUAUAAGGCUUAUCAGAACACGUCAAUGACGAGUGUUAUGCUACUGGACUGCUGGGCCAUCCCUUGUGUUUUGGUCUUGACUUGGCUUUUCCUGAACACAAAAUACAGAUUGAUGAAGAUUAGUGGUGUGGUUAUCUGUAUUGUUGGUGUUGUCAUGGUAGUUUUCUCAGACGUCCAUGCAGGGGAUCGAGCUGGUGGGAAUAAUCCUGUCAAAGGAGAUUUUCUUGUUAUAGCUGGAGCAACCUUGUAUGCUAUCAGUAAUGUCAGUCAGGAGUUCCUUGUGAAGAAUGCAGACAGAGUUGAACUCAUGUCCUUUUUGGGCCUUUUCGGUGCAAUUAUUGGUGCCAUUCAGAUAAGCAUAUUUGAACGUGAUGCGCUCAAAGCUAUUCACUGGUCACCUGGGGCUGUUUUGCCUUUCCUUGGAAUUGCACUCGGGGUGUUUCUCUUCUACUCGUUAGUCACAGUCUUACUCAAGACCAAUGGUUCAGCAAUGUUCACCCUCUCGUUACUUACAUCAGACAUGUGGGCGGUUUUGAUCCGCAUUUUUGCUUACCAUGAGAAGGUUGACUGGCUCUAUUACUUGGCGUUUGCCACUACAGCUAUUGGACUGAUCAUAUACUCAAUGAAGGAGGAAGAUCAGGAGGAAGAAGGAGGUGGAGAAGUGGCAGAUGAGCAGAGGACGAAGCUGUUCGAUGCAGUGGAUAGUGAAUCAGUUCGAAAUAGCCUUAUAGGUGCGCCCCCCUGAACCCAAAGCCUGAGUUUUGUUGGUGUUGUUGUGCGCCCCCCUGAACCCAAAGUUUUGUUGUUGUUGUUGUUGUUGUUGUUGUUGUUGUUGUUACCUGUAAGGAGAAAGAAACUUUUGGGUGGAGACAAAGUUAGUUUAAAAAUUAAAAGGCUUUAACUGAUCUUAAUUUAACUGUAAACACAAAAUAAGUUAUAGGAGUUAGUUACUUCAAAUGUAUCAACUUCUAUAUAUUAUGAUAUUAUCUAAUGCUUUUUAUUUAACUUA